UAUCCUACAGCCAGGAGACGAGAAAAAAUUGCAACCAGAGUACGAAUUGGAUGGGAAAGACGCCGUGAGAAGUUAAUGGUGCAGGAAACUUGCCACUUUGAGUGGAUGAACUUGAUUGCCGAAGCUUCAAGAAAAGGCUAUAUUGGUGGAGAAGUGCUAUAAUGGGAUUCGUACAAGAUGCUAGAUGAGCAGUUGACUAAGGAAUGGCUGGAAAGCGUUGAACAAAGGAAAACGAUGCCUAGACCAAAAGGUAGCAAGAAAGCACCAAAAUCACCUGAACAAAGAAGGAAAAUUGCCGAAGCCAUUGCAGCCAAAUGGGUUGAUCCUGAAUAUCAUGAGAGAGUUUGCUCUGGCAUGAUGAAAUUUCAUGGCAUAUCAGAAGGGGCUCAAAUAAAACCAAUGAGGAAGCCAACAGCUAGUACACAGUCUAAGCAGAGCCCUUCCAUGAGGAAAUCUAAUGAAACAAGCUGUUCUUCUAUUAGUGAGACUAUAACCCCAAUCGAGCGGUUGAGGUUUGAAGAAAAAAUAAACCACUUUAUAAGGACACCAUGGUGGGUUCCAAGCUUGAGAUGUUGAAGAACAUCACAGC